UACCCAGUAUCCAGACCUGCUAGGAAUGGCACAUUGUCAAAGACAGGACGCCGAGCACGCACAGACAGAAGAGUCUCCCGUGGCAGGCGAGCCGCAACCUCUCGACCAGAACGUGUGUGGCCACAUGGAAUUAUUCCUUACGUCGUCAGUGGAAAUUUCACAGGCAGUCAGAAGGCAAUAUUUCGGCAAGCGAUGCGCCACUGGGAGAAGCACACUUGUGUCACAUUUCUAGAGAGAACAGAUGAGGACAGUUACAUUGUCUUCACAUAUAGGCCUUGUGGGUGCUGCUCCUACGUGGGUCGUCGUGGAGGAGGACCUCAAGCCAUUUCUAUUGGAAAGAACUGUGACAAGUUCGGAAUUGUGGUUCAUGAGCUGGGUCACGUCAUUGGAUUCUGGCAUGAACAUACAAGGCCGGACCGGGAUCAUCACGUCACCAUCAUUCGAGACAACAUCCAACCGGGACAGGAGUAUAAUUUCCUGAAAAUGGAGCCAGAAGAGGUGGAAUCUUUGGGAGAAACCUAUGAUUUUGACAGCAUAAUGCACUAUGCUAAGAAUACUUUCUCCAGAGGGAUUUUCCUUGACACAAUUCUACCUAAAUAUGAAGUAAAUGGAGUUAAGCCAUCAAUAGGACAGAGGACAAGGCUUAGUGUUGGGGAUAUUGCACAGGCCAGGAAACUUUAUCAGUGUACAGCCUGCGGGGAGACUUUGCAGGACAGUCAGGGCAAUUUCUCAUCUCCAGGUUACCCAAAUGGCUAUUCUGCUUAUGUGCAUUGCGUGUGGAGGCUUUCUGUUACCCCAGGGGAGAAGAUAAUUCUGAACUUUACCUCUUUGGAUGUGUACCGAAGCCGCCUCUGCUGGUAUGACUACAUUGAGGUCAGAGAUGGACAUUGGAAGAAAGCUCCUCUCAUUGGCCGUUAUUGUGGAGAGAAGAUCCCAGAGCCCAUUAUAUCCAGUGAUAGUCGUUUGUGGAUUGAGUUCCGAAGCAGCAGCAACUAUGUGGGGAAGGGAUUCCAUGCUGUGUAUGAAGCUCUGUGUGGAGGAGAGAUGAAGAAGGAUAAUGGUCACAUACAAUCUCCAAAUUAUCCAGAUGAUUACAGACCCAACAAGUCCUGCGUAUGGAAGUUGCGUGUGUCUGAAGGCUUCAAUAUCGGAAUUACUUUCCAGUCUUUUGAGAUCGAGCGUCACGACAGCUGUGCUUAUGAUUAUCUAGAGAUCCGGGAUGGUAAUACUGAAUUCAGCCCUCUAAUUGGCCGUUUCUGUGGCUAUGACAAGCCAGAUGACCUGAAGAGUUCCAGCAAUCAGCUUUGGGUUAAGUUUGUGUCUGAUGGAUCCAUCAACAAGGCAGGCUUCUCCAUCCAUUUCUUCAAAGAGGUGGAUGAGUGUUCCCGUCCUCAUAAAGGUGGCUGUGAGCAGCGAUGUGUGAACACACUGGGCAGUUACAAGUGUGCAUGUGAGCCAGGGUACGAGCUGGCACCAGACAAGAAGUCUUGUGAAGCUGCCUGUGGUGGUUUCCUGACCAAACUGAAUGGAUCCCUUACUAGUCCGGGGUGGCCGAAGGAGUACCCACCCAAUAAGAAUUGUGUCUGGCAGCUGGUGGCACCUACUCAGUUCCGCAUCUCUUUGAAGUUUGACAAGUUUGAGACUGAAGGCAAUGAUGUUUGCAAAUAUGAUUACGUGGAGGUUCGCAGCGGCUUGACAGCCGACGCUAAACUGCUUGGAACAUUUUGCGGAGCAGAGCUCCCCCCAGUGAUCACUUCUCAGUACAACAACAUGCGUAUAUAGAGUUCAAAUCUGACAACACAGUGUCGAAGAAGGGAUUCCGGGCCACAUACUACUCAGAUAAAGAUGAGUGUUCUCGGGAUAAUGGGGGUUGUCAGCACGAGUGCACCAACACUCAGGGCAGCUAUACCUGCCACUGCCGAAGCGGUUUCACCCUUCAUGAGAACAAGCAUGACUGCAAAGAGGCUGGCUGUAACCACAAAGUGACUGCCAGUAAUCAAAACAUUUCCAGCCCAAACUGGCCAGACUCCUAUCCAAGUAAGAAGGAGUGCACAUGGCAAGUGACAGCCACAGCAGGACAUAGAGUCAAACUGGUGGUGAAGGAGGUAGAUCUUGAAUCCCAUCAGGAAUGUAUGUAUGAUCAUGUUGAGGUUUACUCUGGUGCUGAUGCUCAGUCUCCAGUCUUAAAACGGUUCUGUGGCAGUAAGGUCCCAGAGCCCAUUAUUGCCCCAGGGAGCAGCAUGUUUGUGAAAUUUGUCUCUGACAAUUCCGUUCAGAAAAAGGGAUUCCUGGCAGAGCUAACAACAGAGUGUGGAGGAACCCUGCAGGCAGAAGUUCGAACCAAGGAUCUGUACUCCCAUGCCAAGUUUGGAGAUGAUAUACAUCCAUCCGCAUCAGAGUGUAUAUGGCACAUAGUGUCUGAGGGACAGUAUGGAGUAGAACUAGUCUUCCAGAGUUUUGAACUAGAGGAGGAACAAGAUUGUGGAUAUGACUUUAUAGAGCUGUAUGAUGGACCAACUGAGGCAGCCCCCAGGAUGGGCCGAUACUGUGGGUCAGGGCCCCCAGAGGAGGUGUAUUCUACGGGAGAGUCUCUGACCAUCCGAUUCCACUCUGAUGACUCUAUUAACAAAAAGGGAUUCCACAUCCGAUACACCAGCACUAAAUUCCAAGACACUCUUCAUGCCCGCAAGUGA